CGCCACGCAGACGCUGGCCAGGGGCGGCGACCGGCCCGCGGUGGGCGAGCAGCUCGCUCCGGAGGCGCUGGAGGAGGAGGCCGUCAAGGGCUUCGGGCUGGCGUCGGUGCUGGAGCAGCAGCUCUACGACGAGAGGAUCAAGGAGGAGACUCGCUUCGUGCGCGAGCAGGCCAAGCUCCCCUGGUGGAGGCGGAGCGUGAAGCGCCUGUUGGACGACCUCGGCGGGAUGCUCACCGCCCCGCUCCGGGGGGUGAGGCUCGCGAGGAUCACCAGGGAGGUCUGCACCGAGAGGAUCGAGUACUACAAGACCAUCAAGGACCGGCAGGCGCAGCCCGAGGAUGGGGACGGCGGGCCUCGGCAGGGGCUCCGGGGUGACAUCCGCGGCUUCACGAAGGGCAUGAAGGUGUUCUUCGCCACGUAUCUGAAGAGCCACAUGCUGAACGUGACGCUCACUCGGUUUCUGGACAGCGUGGCGCAGAAGGAUCCGUACACGUUCGAGCCCUUCCACCAGGCCGUCCGCGGGCCGGAUUUCGAUUACUAUUCGUGGGGCAACCGGUUCUUCCGCCCCCUCAUCAAGUACCGCUCGUCGCGCGUGGACGGCUUAGAAAAUGUUCAGAGAAUUCAGGACCUCCUCGCGGCUGGUGAGAACGUUGUAUUGAUGGGCAACCACCAGACAGAGGCGGAUCCGCAGGUGCUCUCCAUCCUGAUGGAGAUGGAAGGCUACGAGGACAUCGCCGAGAAAACCAUCUUCGUGGCCGGCCACAAGGUGACCACCGACCCGCUGGCGAUACCUUUCAGCAUGGGCCGCAACUUGCUCACCAUUUACUCUAAGAAGUACCUGGACGAGGAGAAAGAGCGGGCCGCAGCCCGCAACCGCCAGACGGUGGCGGAGAUGCAGCGGCUGCUGAUCGAGGGUGGCCACAUCUUCUGGGUCGCCCCCUCGGGCGGCCGCGACCGCCGCGACCCCGAGCUCGGGGAGUUUGUGCCGGCCAAGUUCGAUCCGUCGUCGGUGGGGCUGUUCAGCAUCUUGGCCAAGAGAGCGGAGAAGGCCGCCCGGGCGACGAGGCUGGUGCCCCCGCCGGAGGAGGCCGUCAAGGACGUGGGCGAGGAGCGAAGCGCGGAGCGGGCAGCCGUGGGCCUGGCCUUCGGGGAGGAGCUCGACCCCGAG